AUGAACUUUAUGGAAUCUAUUCAGUAAUCAAAUUAGGAUUUUAAAGAUAAAUUAAUAUCUUUGUCAAAAGCACUUCAUCUAUGUCUUUUAGUAUCAAAUUAAUGUGCUGAAAGAGGAUAGUUACUUCAUUCUUAAAUUAAAGGAUAUAUUUUAAUAUUUCAUAAACAUUUUAUGAUACUAAAGUUUCAAUUAUGUACAAAAUUAUUGGAUUUUGUUGUAGAAGAAUAAGAAAAAAGAAGUUAAAAAUUUUAAUUGUUUGAGAAAGAUAUUAAUGAAUCAAAAUAGAGAGAAUGGAUGAAAAUUCGCUCAUAAGUCUAAAUAAAUUAAUUAAAAUAGGAAAUAGAUAUGUUGAAGUAAAAAGAUAAUAUAAUAAAUUCAGAAUGUAUUAGUUAUUAAUAAACAAUCAAUAAAUUAUAGAAUAAAAUCAAUUUAUUACAGGCCAUAAAAAGUGCAAGCAAAUAUGAUAGUAAUUUGACUAGGGAAAUAGCUCAAUUAAAACAUUAGUUAUCUAAAAUAAAUAAACAUAAGCAUCCUUAAAUGAAUAAAUCAGACGAAGAGAAAUAAGAAUUAUCAUCAUCUUAGUACUUAAAGAAUUGAAUCAAUAAAAUGAAAUUGAAUAAAUUUAAGAUGAAAAAGCAAAAAAUGCUAUAGAAAUAUUACCUGUGGUUUGUCAUAGUUUUGGUAUUUAAACAUUUUAAAAAUGUCUAUGCAUUAUAGAGACAUAAACAGAUUUAUAAUAAAUGUCUUCAUAAUAUGAUAACUUUUUAUCUAUUUUAGAAAUAGAAAAUACAUUUAAAGAAUUUGAACUUAAAAAUAAUUAGAACAAUAGAGAUGGUUGGAUGGACUAUCUAACCAAAUGA